GUUUUGUUUUAUUUCAUUGGUAUAGAGUUGACGUCAUAAUCAACAUUUCUUAUUAUGACGUCACAAUAGUCGUUAACAUCCUCUGCGUUGCGAGUUGCAAACACAGCAUAUUCACAACUUGUAAAGGUGAUGAUGGGCAUUAUUCAAAGUUGCUUGUCUAAAAAUAACAAGGUGGGUGUCGUGGAGUCUGAGGAAAGAGAGACUUACCAAAUAGUACGACCUCCCGUGGUGACAGAUGAGUUGUUAGAAGCCAAAGGAGGAGUGACCUUCAGUCUGACAUUUGGGGCCUCUGGAAAGCCCAAGCUUCCACCAACUCGUAUGGUGAACGGCCCAAAGGAGGAGAACUUUGAAAAAUGGCGAGUAUCCCAAGAACAACUUCAAUUAAACAAGCAGAAAAGGGCCGAAGAUAACAGAGAGAAGGAAAGAAUCCAAAAACAAAUUGAGACAGCACAGAAAGAGAUGGAGAGAUUGGAAAAAUACGCCAAUCUCAAGGAUGAGUAGAAAAGGGAUUUCAAUAGACUGUGCAUACUUACAUAGUAAAUAAUUGUUUGAUUAUUGUCCAACAGAGAUUACAUUCUUAUCAUACCAUGAUGUUAAAAGAAAAAAGAAAAGCAUCAAAAUGACGCCAAUAUCGUUGUUGUUGUUUUU